AUGAUUAAACUUAGGGCAUUGAAGAAGAAACUUUCGAGCGGAUUCGACGGCAAUUCUAAGGAUAGGUCAUCUGUUGCAACCUAUGAAACCAAGCACAGAGACGUGAAGUCAACGCGGUCGAGUCUUCGCCGCAGGGCUAUUCCAUCGACAAGACAUGUAGAGACUGAUCUGCCACCUCUUCCUACACAGGAGUAUACAAUUACCAAAGAAAAACCUUCAACACAUGAGCAAAUACUAAAGGAAAAAAACUUCAACCGUAAGCAAUCCGAAAGAUACUACAUAUAUGACUUUACCCUGUAUCGAGGUCCCACAGACGAAUCUGCAACGUCGGAUCCUACUUUUGAUAUUUUCCAGAAGAAAGAAGGUAUAAAUCCGACGUCUGCGAGAUAUGUAAUUCACUAUCUGACGCGGUACUUCAAGGAAACGUUGAUCGACGACGGCAUUGCGCAGGGAAGCCGCGAUACAGGUUCAAUUAAGUCCGCAAUAGAGAUAUUCAAACCCAAUCUUUCACAUUUUUCCAAUCAAGAGAUCGAAGGUGCAACCAGAAUUUUAAAAUCUUUUUUCCCUUGGGAUGGUUGCUCUCUGAACGGUAAGGUUCUAGAAGAAAGUAUCAAAAAGAGCUUUGGAAACCAUAAGAACAAACUCAUUUUGGCUUUGCGGAUCAUCUGGUCCCAUCUUCCCCAAGGUAUUAUUCCAUGGGAAGCUUAUUUGAAAUUCUGUGCAAUUGAAUCGAAGCAGAAUUUUUCCAAGAUGUGUUUCUACAAUUUCCUCCCAAGAGUCCUUCCCGACCACGACUAUACAUGCUGUGCAUUUGAGUUUUUGGAGAUACUUGUUGCGAUAAUAUCUAAGGUUGACAUGGUUGUUGACAAAUACACGCAAAUGGAUCUCAUAUUUACUGCAGGCCAGGUUUGCUUUGUCAGUACACCAGAUCUUCGAAACUAUAUCAAAAAUAAGUCAUCUGAUUCUCCUGAUUUGAUCGCACUUGUCAAGGUUUAUCAAGCUAAAGGCGAAGCUCUUUAUCGGUUAUUCGUGUCAUAUCUACGAUCACUAGUCGAGGAGGGCAAGAUUAAAGAUUUUUAUUUAAUCGACACUUUUCAAAUUGACGACUAUCCGCCAAAGCCAUACAAGCCAAUGACCCAACGUGCUUUGACUCUAACGGUUCCUCAACUACCCAAUCCGGACGAGAAUAAUUUCAAUGAGCUUAUGACACUCGCAGCCAAGGCGUCUACGAGGAUUUACUCAUCGAAUCAUACUUUCACUAAGAUGGACAACACAUUUUUAGACAAAUUCGAGGAGGACCCUUACAAAGUUGUCACUUCAUUAUUUUCAAGAUCAUCAAAGCGGUACAUGUAUAAAUUUGAUGACAAAUUUGAUCCUGAGAUUUUCAAAAAUUUUGGUAUGAGAAGUGGGUUUGGCUCUGGAUUACAAAGUUUAGGUCCUGGUGACCAGUACGCGGUAGCAACCUGGAUUAAUUCUUGCAAAGACAAAGGAUUUAAUGACUUCUUGUCAGUAUUAGAUGACAACAAUUUCGGUGAGGGCACAUUAGCACUUGGAAGCAGCAAUUUUAAGUCGGCCAAAGAUGAGGCUCCUGCUUUCCCCCCUGUGAGAGUAUCAAAGAUGGAUGUUUCGGAGUGGUUCAUCUCUUCUUGGAAGUAUGAAACAUUUUUGAGCAAAGUUAAAAACACUUUGGUGAUAAAGCUUACUAAAAGAAUUGCUGAUUGUGAGUGGCUUGUCAUUACUACCGAUGAAAGGGUUGGAUCUCAGUGCUAUCUGACCCCAUGCAAAUCUGGUGAUUCGGCCAAGGAGCAGGAAUGGUCCAAAUUUAAUACCCCUCCAUUACCAUCCAAGGACCGCACUCCAUCACAUACCGCAUCUCCAAGCAUCUCAUCUACAAAAUCUCGUCCUCCACCACCAAGUUUAUUGGGUGAACCUUCAUCGUCACCUCUUAUUGACUCUUCACUAGGGCUGUACCCAGAGAAUUCCAGUUUUAAAUCCCAUUCACGUCGUGGUUCCCAUAACAUGUCGCCCAGGAUUAACGUUGCAAAGCAAUUUACAGACAGGAGAUCUGUGAGCUCGAUACCAAGCAGCAACUUGAAAGUUGAAAAAGAAAAAGCUGUUCAAAGUACACCAAGAAGUUCUGAACAAGUAAGUGACAGCUUAGCUCUUGAUGAAAUUCCAGAAGACUCAACUAAAGAACAAGAAGAUGCCGGACCCCAAAAUUCUGUCGAAAACUCUGAAAGAGAUAACCUGAGCGCGAAAGAGAAACCCCAGGAAUUAAAUACUCUUCCGAAGGAGGAAAAUGAAGACAAUGAUGAAGAAGUAGCUACGAUGAAUGAUGCUAGUUCAGCGGUAACUUCGGUUGUUGAACCAAUAAAUUUUGGAACACAGAGCGGUGCUGGAGCAAUCAGAACAAUUGAAGCCCCUGCACUCGGCAAUCCUGAGAGCCUAGCGAAUUCCCAAGAGGAGCCUGUUGAUAAGAUUGAGGUUGAGAGUAACAAGAACGACUCAAAUCUUACAGAAAAAAAUUCCAACCAAUCUAUCAACGAAUCGGGAGAAACCAUCCCAAAAGAAGCGGCUCGCGUCACAGAAAACUUGGACAUGCCUGCAGGUAAAGACAGCAGCAGCGAACACGGUGAAGCUUCACCCAAUGUCAUCUGCACGCCGAGGCUUCAGAUAAUCCCAGAAAGAUCUGAAUUCAAAGAAAUGCAAAGCAUCCAUGCUGAAAUCACGAAGGAAAAUACCUUUCCGGAAAAAGCUCCAGAAGCGGGACUUUUAUCUCCCUUGAUUCUUGGGACUAAGGUUGUCAGACCUUCACCAAUGGGUACUCCAGUUGAUAGAGCACCACCGGGUCAUCUACCGAAGGGUCCCAUGAAGAUUCAGAAUCCAUCCAUCUCCUCAUUCGCGGACACGACAGCAGUGUCUAGCGGCGGGGAGGAUAAUCUUAAUUCUACCGAAACAACGCAAGUGAGCAGUGAGCAGGACGAGACCAGUCCAGACAAAAAGGGGCAUCCAUAUUCUGUGAUGCUUCUACCAGAAUCGCCAGUGGAGACUAGGGAACGCGCAGGAAUCUCUGCCGAAGACGAAGCCAUGAUCCGUACAAACAUGACUGGCGAUUUACUAAGCGAUCUGCUGGAUAAUUACAAUACCAUAAGCGUGGACCCACGAUUCUCAUCAGAAGAACUUACCGUUUUCGAACGUGUGCGUAUGCUAUAUGAACGGCAAAACGCAAAGGCAGCUGCCAGAGGUAGCAGCUCAGGGGAUUCGUUGCACGAGGAUGCAGACCUCGAUACAUCUCCAGAGUCUUCGGACGCAGAUUUGGGUAGCUCCAAGACCGCGACAUGGUUUUCGUGCAAUGUCACGCUUCCCACAACCACGAAACGGGCCGAAUUGAACAACAAGCAACCGCUGCCAGCGCUGCACCUUGCAACGCCCCACAAUCGCGACAAACUGCGCAGGGUAUCAACGUGCACAAGCGAAUUUCCGGACGACGACGGAUUGUGGCCGGACUUGGAUUGCUGCAACGAGCUUGGCAGCAGUGAGGAAGUGUGCAGCCCAUCACAUUCCAUGAUCAAAAACGUCGUGCUGCGCACGAAGCGGAGUAUUCGCGGGCUGAGGGACAAAAAACAGGUAUCUUAA